AUGCCUGUAAAUGCGUUCGAACGACUCAUGGAAGCUGGCAAGAGGAAGCCAGCGGCUGAUCCACCAGCUGACAGCGAGAAUGAUGAACCAGCACGCUCCUCCAAAGCUCCCAAAGUGAAGAAGCUCGCCCCAGUGAAAGAGCGUUUUGAUUGGAUUAUAGAAGUUAAGGGCGAGGAUGGGAAUGGCAGAUACUUUUGCUCUAUUUGCUCGAGGGAUCCUGUCCUGUUGAAGGCGGCUGAAGGGAAGGUCGAAUACUUCACCAAUGUUGGAGUAGAGAAAGCCAAGGACCCCGGCAGAAAGGCCGAGGCUCAUGCCUCCAAGUCUUCCCAUCACAGUGCUCUCUCAAGGCACAAUAUUGCAAGCGGCAACACCAAAUCAGCAGUGCAAUCUCUGCAGGACGCUGCACUGAGAGCAUUCCAAAAGAGCUCCGCUGAAGACGAGACCUACAUAAAAGAGUAUAUCAAGUUGGGUCUGUGGUGUGCAUCACACGAGAUCCCUCACACUACUGCUUACGAGCCCCUCAUCAACCUUGUGUCAUCCUAUAACGGUGAAUUGCUAAGAUGGGCACAGGUUCGGCCUGCUAAUGCUCAUUACCGCUCAAAGAAGACCAUCUCAGAGAUCAUCGACCUGUGUAGUGUGGUAUGUGAUGAGAGAGUGUUCCAGCGAUUAAUAAAUGGCAUCGAGCGAUCUGGUAGGUUCUCUCUCAUGAUCGAUGAGACCUCACUGUAUGGGCAAAGCAUCAUGGGUGUCUUUGCUAGAUAUGUUACUUGUAGAGGGAGCAUCGACGUGGCUGAAGUCCGUGAAGACCUCGUUGUAUGCUGCCCACUCACCAGCACGAAAUCCGCCAUCAUAGAAGAGACAUUGGUGAGAGAGUUGAAUGACCGAGGAUUCAACGAAGCUAUGUGGGCGAAGCUGGGGGCCUUGAGUUGCGAUGGGGCAGCAAGCAUGUCUUCCGAUAACCAAGGUCUCUAUGGGAGGCUCAAGUCUCGUUUCGGACUUGAGAAACUACAAUUCCAACAUUGCCGGGCACAUCGAGUUAAUCUGGCGGCGAAGGCGGUGUUAUCAUCUGGCGAUCAUGUUGCGAUCGAGGAUGCUAUCAACUUGACGCAGGAUCUGUAUGUUUAUAUGGCCAAGUCAAUAAGAAACUGA